AAAGUUUUGUUUGUUAGUGGAUGAUUUGUUGACUAGGAAUGUGUUGUGUUUAUUUUGCAGCAACAUGCAGUUUGACAGCACAUAUUUCAGUAAUGGACUGUAGAACAUUUAAGUUUAAUAAAUAGAUGCAAAGGCAAUAACUUCAAUUAUAUAAAUAUAUAUCAAGUUUAAGUUAAAGGUGGAGCAGAUGCAAAUAUAGGCUACAAUAAAUAAUGCAUAAGUUGUCGUGUAAAAUAACUUGAGCUUAAUAAAACCUGCACAAUAUAAAGUCCAGGUUAAACUACUAAAAAACUGCUUCAUGUGUCUUCAUCCAUCUUGUGUAAUUCUUCAGGUCUGUGAGUGCACCCCGAUGGUUGGAAGGCAGACGCUCCGAAUGGACAGCGGUAAUUGCUCCGGGGCGGCGGUGGAUGACAGCCCUACAUCCAGUCCGAGCUCCAGUCCCAGUCCGGACGGUCGUCGUCGGGACCUCCAGCGGGCCAGGGUGCUCCAGACCGGCGGGCUCGGCGGCAGAGGACGCCCGGCAGCAGCUAACGCAGCGCGGGAGAGGAGCCGGGUGCAAACCCUGAGAACCGCGUUCCUGGAGCUACAAAGGACUUUGCCGUCCGUGCCGCCGGACACCAAGCUGUCCAAACUCGACGUGUUGAUACUGGCCACCACCUAUAUUGCCCAUUUGACAAGAACACUGCAAGAAGAAGGCUCGGAGGAGGGAGAGAGCACAAAGCAAACAGAGGCGUUACACUCUUUGAAAGGUGAUGGCUACCUGCAUCCAGUCAAGAAAUGGCCCAUGCGAUCCAGACUGUACGUCGGAGCAAGCGGACAGUUCCUCAACACCACAAAUCCUUCAGAGUCAGAGAACCAAGGCCCGUCAUCGUCCACCUCCCAGUAACAAACAGGCUUAAACCAUCAGUAUGAAACGAUUUCAUAUUUGCAUGAGGUCAUGCAGCAGCAUAUGAUUGUGAAACAAUUACGCUCAUCUGAUUUUUAACUCCCACUAAAGCUCUACCAAUAGAAAGACAUUUGUAAAUUAAUAUAUUGUGAAUUUUAUUGUGUCAUUUUUUUAAUUUUUUUUUUUUUGAGAAAGCAUACGUUAUGUUAUCUCUGUUGUUUUAUUUUCUGGCUAAUCUUGUUUGCCCUUGCAUUGUGCAGCUCCAUACAUGUCCCAGGUAUGAUAUUUGCAGAAAUUCCGCGGGCUAAUAAUGAGCCCGUCAUGCUUGAGGUGUGCACUUUCAGUUGAAAACAUUUGCACUAAAUGCAUGUGUGAAUAACUUAACAUCUGUCAUGUGAAGUGGUCUGUCAGAGAGUCAACAAUGGAGGACUCUUCAUCUCAUGUUCCUUCUUAUUUUUACAUGCAUGGUUGUAAAUGUGUUUGUGAAUAAAUGACUUCAGUGAAAGAAGACGAGUCUCCUACAAGCUUUCAUGAUCAUAGAAAAUCCAUGAAGGUUUUUCAUUAGGCU